AUGUCCAAUUCAAUACGACUAGAGACAUUCAAUGAUCAACCAAAAUCAUGGAAGGAUCAAAUACCCAAACUUUCCAAAUUUGAAGAUUUCAAAACAAUAGACUGGCUUAAUGAUAAUUUACAAAGUAAUAAAAGAAAAGUAUUAUUAUCAAAUACAAAUAAAACAAGUUUUAAAUGGUUAAAUCUUUAUCGUUCUUUACAAACAUAUGUGAUAUUAACAGCAGUAGGGAUAACAAUUGGAUUUGUUGCAGCUUCUUUAAAUAUCGUUACUGAAUAUUUAUCAAAUAUAAGGACAGGUUAUUGUUCUUCACAUUUUUAUUUAAAUAAAAGUUUUUGUUGUUGGGGUGAAUUAGAAGAAUCAAAAUGUUCCAAUUGGGUUGAGUACUCUCAAUUUGCACCAUUGAAUUAUACAAUGUUUAUCCUAAUAUCACUUGUUUUAAGUUUCACUGCAAGUUCAUUAGUACUAAAUUAUGCCCCAUUUGCUGCUGGUUCAGGAAUAUCAGAAAUUAAAUGUAUCGUAUCAGGUUUUACCCUAAGUGGGUUUUUAAGUACUUGGACUUUUUUGAUGAAAAGUAUUGGAUUACCAUUAGCUAUUGCAUCUGGAUUAAGUGUUGGGAAAGAAGGUCCAAGUGUUCAUUAUGCAGUUUGUGUGGGUAGUAUUAUAUCAAAAUUAUUUUUACAAGGAUUCCCAAAUAAACAAAAGGACAAUACUACAGGGAAAUCAAGGACAAGUUCUUCAUUAACUUUCAAAAACAUUUUGGUUGCAUCAAGUGCAGCAGGUGUUGCAGUAGCAUUUGGUAGUCCAAUGGGUGGUGUCUUAUUUUCAAUUGAAGAAAUUUCCAAUAUGUUUAAAUUAUCAACAAUGUGGGAAUCUUAUUAUUGCUCACUUGUUGCUGUUUUUGUAUUAAAAUUGAUGAAUCCUUUUAGAACAGGUCAAGUUGUUAUGUUUGAAGUUACUUAUGAUCGUGAUUGGCAUUUUUUUGAAAUUCCAUUUUUCAUUAUACUUGGAGUUUUUGGUGGUAUUUAUGGUAUAAUUAUAAGUAAAUAUAAUAUCAAGAUGGUUAGUUUCAGGAAAAAAUUUCUUGGUGAACAUGCAUUAAAAGAAGUUUUGAUAUUAGCUGGGAUAACUUCAAUAAUUUCUUAUUUUAAUGAUUUUUUAAAAAUGGAUAUGACUGAAGGUAUGCAAAUCUUGUAUGAAGAAUGUUCAGAUAUUUUUGAAAAUCAUAAAAUUUGUCACCUUGCAAAUAAUUAUCAAAUUUUUAACACUUUACUCACUUUAGCAUUAGCAACCUUGAUUAGAAUGAUUUUAAUUGUAUUUACAUAUGGUUGUAAAGUUCCAGCAGGUAUUUUCGUUCCAUCAAUGGCAUGUGGUGCAACAUUUGGUAGAGCUUUAGGUAUCCUUGUUCAACUUUGGCAUAAACACAAUUCAAGUUCCAAAUUGUUCACAACUGGCUGCUUAGCAGAUGAUACCAAGUGUAUUACACCUGGAACGUAUGCAUUCCUUGGUGCAGCUUCUGCACUUAGUGGUAUAACUCAUUUAACAGUCACAGUUGUUGUUAUUAUGUUUGAAUUAACUGGGGCAUUAAAAUAUAUUAUACCAACAAUGAUUACUGUUGCUGUUACAAAAAUUAUAAAUGAUAAUUAUGGAAAAGGUGGUAUUGCGGAUCAAAUGAUUGAAUUUAAUGGAUUACCUUUUAUUGAUCCUCAUGAAGAUCAUGAUUUUUUCGAUCAUGUUGUGGAUGAUGCUAUGACUUUGAAAACUGUUUCAUUGUUGGAAAAGGGGUUAACUUAUAAACAAAUUUCUGUCUUUAUUGCAGAUACUAAUUUCCAAACAUUACCAAUUAUUGAAAGUUUACAGAAGCCAAUUAUAAAAGGUAUUAUUGGUAGAGAUGAAUUAAUUACAGUUAUUCAAAAAAAUCAAUUAUUAAAGAAUAUUGAAUUAGAUACACCAUGUCAUUUCAGCUCCACAGAUUCUGACUCCAUGGAUGUCAUAAAUUUCACAAAUUAUAUAAAUCCAGCACCAAUAACUGUUAAAUUAGGAACCCCAUUAGAAACUGUCCUUGAUCUUUUCCAUAAAUUAGGUCCAAAAUGUAUAUUAAUUGAACAAGAUGGUUUGUUGAAAGGAGUAAUAACAAGAAAGGAUAUACUUAGAUAUGAAUAUUAUUUACAUAAUGUUGUAUCGGGUCAUAAUGAAGAUUCAGAAGUUUUGAAGUUUACAAAUGAUGAAUUAAUUUGGGAAUAUUUACAAAAUUUUGAAAAUGGGUUAAAAGAGAAAUUUUAUAAAGUAUGGGGGAAAGUAAGUUCAAGAGGAAGAUAUACCCAACUAGAAAGGGAUGAGUGA